AUGAUGAAUGAACUUAAAAGAAGUCAAAUAAAUAAGGAAGCUCAUGAUUUUCUUGUUAAACUUGAUUAUCCAUUCAGUAAUGAUGAAGAAUUAAAUCCAACAAUUGUUUUUCUUCGUACACCAAAUGAUUUUAAAUCAAUUAUUGAAAAUAUAUCAAAAGAAUUUCUUGUUGAUUCUGAUCAUUUUCAAGCUGGUGAUCAAUUUCUUGUUGCAUUUGUUAAUAAUCAAAAUGAAAUUAAUAAAACAAUAACACGUUAUGCACAUCGUAUUAGUGAAAAUGGAAAAUUUUGGUUUGUAACAAAUCAACAUUAUUUAUUAGAUGAUGAAAAUAAUUUUCUUACACUUAUCAAUUCACAAUUCAAAUCAACACAACCAUUAAUUCAACUUAGAAAUAAUUAUUACGCAAAAUUAUUUCAAUUAAAAGAUAAUAUAACAAAUAUUGUACGUCAUUUGUCUUCUUCCAAUUUAAUGAUUUUUCUUUUACAUCGAACUUUAAUCCAUCUCGAGCGUUUAGCAAAUGUAGAACAUUAUCGAACACGAAAACGUGAAGCAAUGCGACAAAAUAUGAAUGAUGAAAAACAAAAUUCAAUACGAUUAUCUUCCAGAGCAGAGAAAAAUAUUCUUAAAUAUUUUGCAAAUAAUGAUCAAUCAUUAAAAACAAAUCUUAUUGAAAAUGAAUUAAAACAUAUACCGAAGGGAAGUAAUAAUUUAAAUCUUAUACAACCAAAACAUAAUCUUACUAAUAUUUUAAUAAAAAAAAAAUCUUAA